UCCCGAGCGGCGAAUGGCGUGUCGCGCGGGCGGGGCGCGCGGGGUGGCUAGCCGGUGCGGGCCGCCAUUGUGGCCAGUUCGAUCGGUCUCGGGAGCGGAGAGCGGAGCUCAGCGAGCCCGGAGCAGGGAGCAGCCCCCCCACGGCCGGCCGCAGUCACCAUCACACCGCGGGAGGCGGCGCAAACAGCCGGUCACCACCACCGUCCGCACCGAACAGCCGCCGCCAUGAGCAGCGAGGCCGAGACCCAGCCGCCCGCCGCCCCCGUCCCCGCGGCGGCCCCCGCCGCCCCCGCCGACUCCAAACCUAACGGCGGUACCGGCACCGGGAACGGGGGCAGCGGCCUGGCCUCGGCGGCUCCUCCCGCCGGCGGGGACAAGAAGGUCAUCGCAACGAAGGUUUUGGGAACUGUCAAAUGGUUCAACGUGAGGAACGGUUACGGCUUCAUCAACAGGAAUGACACCAAGGAAGAUGUGUUUGUCCAUCAGACUGCCAUAAAGAAGAAUAACCCCAGGAAGUACCUCCGCAGCGUAGGAGAUGGAGAGACCGUGGAGUUUGAUGUGGUUGAAGGAGAAAAGGGCGCGGAGGCAGCAAACGUUACCGGUCCUGGUGGAGUCCCAGUGCAAGGCAGCAAAUACGCAGCAGACCGUAACCAUUACAGACGAUACCCACGUCGCAGGGGUCCUCCACGCAACUACCAGCAAAACUACCAGAACAGUGAGAGUGGGGAAAAGAACGAAGGAGCAGAGAACAUACCAGAAGGUCAAGCCCAGCAACGCCGUCCCUAUCGCAGGCGGCGGUACCCACCUUACUACAUGCGUAGGCCCUACGGGCGUCGACCACAAUAUUCCAACCCUCCCGUGCAGGGAGAGAUAGUGGAGGGUGCUGACAACCAGGGUGCAGGAGAACAAGGCAGACCAGUCAGGCAGAACAUGUAUCGAGGUUAUAGACCACGAUUUCGCAGGGGUCCUCCUCGUCAGAGACAGCCUAGAGAGGAUGGGAACGAAGAAGAUAAAGAGAACCAAGGGGACGAGACCCAAAGUCAGCAGCCACCUCAACGUCGGUACCGCCGUAACUUCAACUACCGACGCAGACGCCCGGAGAACCCUAAACCACAAGAUGGCAAAGAGACGAAGGCAGCCGAACCACCAGCUGAGAACACGUCCGCUCCCGAGGCCGAGCAGGGCGGGGCUGAGUAAACACCGGCUUUCCACCUCUACCAUCAUCCGGUUUAGUCAUCAAAGAAAAGACUUAAGAAAUGAAGAAGAAAAGAAAAUGAAAUUCCAGCAAUAAGAAAUGAACAAAAGAAUUGGAACUGAAGACCUUAAGUGCUUGCUUUUUGCUGUUGACCAGAUUACUAGAACUAUCUGCAUUGUCUAUGCAGCAUGGGGUUUUUAUUAUUUUUACCUAAAGAAGUCUCCUUUUGGAAACGAUAAACACGUUUUUUAAAAGUCUGUUUUUUCUCAAUAUACCUUUAAAGGUUUUUAAAUUGUUUCAUAUCUGGUCAAGUUGAGAUUUUUAAGAACCUCAUUUUUAAUUUGUAUGAAAUAUACACCUGAUUUUUUCAAGUCAAACUGCAAGCAUCUGUUAAUAAAGGUCUUAAAGAAUUA